AUGCAUAGAGACCAUAGAUUCAACCCUAAGGCAGUGCCUCCAUUUGCUAAUCAAGGGGGUGACAACUACAUGCAUCUCCCAGUUUCGUCUUCCUUUCCUGGGAACUUAGUUCCAGCUGCAGAUGACUUGUUGCCUAUCUACGGUGUUCAAUUUCAGCCAUCUGAGGUCUGCCCAAGGAAUUUCGUGAUUGUUGAUCAAACUGAUCAUCACAGUCAAAUAAUGUUCAACCCUGCAAUUGGCUACAAAUUCUCUGCUCCCAACUUCAAUGCCCCUUCAAGUUUCAUCCACGAGAGCUUUAUGGGGAAAGAAGAUGCCCUUGAUAUUAAGAAGGAGUUGUCAUCCUGGAAGGAAGAUUCUCAUGAUAUUGAUGCGCUGUUAAGCUUGGAUGAGGAGGACGAUGGUGAUGAUGAAAGCGAUGAAGAUGAGGUCAGCACUGCGAGGACGUAUGGGAGCAGCUCCCCUGGUUCGUGUAGCAACUACGACCAUCACUACAACUCCAGGAGCAAUGUUUGUUCAUCCGUUCAAAAGUCUUUUGGUGGGGGCAGCAGCAGCAACAGCAGCGAGAAGAAACAGUUAAAGAUGAAGAGGAUGGUGAAGGCACUGAAGGGAAUCGUUCCUGGUGGGGAGCAAAUGAAUACCGUCACCAUUAUUGACGAAGCAGUCAAGUACCUCAAAACCCUCAAGGUUGAAGCCCAGAAGCUUGGAGUGGGGAAAUUGAAAGACUACUACGAAUAA